AUGAAGUUUGAAUUUUCUGACGAGGAUGUGUUGUUUCUCAAAGAUUAUCACAAUAUACUAGAUCUAGAUGAAGGCCCCGAACUAGGAUCGCAAUGGACACUUGUGUUCGACGGUGCUUCAAAUGCUUUGCGAAAUGGUAUUGGAGAUUUCAUUACUUCUCCCACAGGUUUUCAUAUUCCUUUCACUUCCAGAAUUUGUUUUGAUUGCACCAAUAACAUGGCUGAAUAUGAAGCUUGCUUCUACGGGAUUGAAACAACUAUUGACUUGAGAAUCAAAUUUCUGGAGGUAUACGGAGACUCAGCUCUAGUUAUCAGCCAAAUCAAAGGAGAAUGGGAGACGAGGCACCCAAAUCAGAUUCUAUAUCGGGAGCAUGUAAUGAAGUUGAUUCCAUAUUUUGAGGAGAUCACAUUUGACCAUAUCCCGAGAGAAGAGAACCACUUAGCAGAUGUACUGGCUACUUUGGCAUCCAUGUUUAAAGUUAAAUGGGUGAAUGAGGCCCCCUUCAUCAGAAUUAUGAGGUUGGAUGAGCCAGCAUUUUGCUAUGCUAAUGAUGAAGUGCAAGAUGAUAAGCCUUGGUUCUAUGAUAUCAAAUUAUACAUUGAAAAACAAGAGUACCCGGAGGAUGCGUCUAUCACAUAUAAGAAAACACUAAGGAAGUUGUUUGUCGGGUUUUCCUUGAAUGGUAAUGUGUUGCAUAAGAGGAGUCAUGAUUAUGUUUUUCUCAGAUGCGUGGAUAGACACGAAGUAGAAAUGAUUAUUGAGGAGAUUCAUGGCUAA